AUGUCAUCUUCGGGUUCAAACACUACUAGUAGUAAUGUCGAUACUAUUAAUGCUCUCCAACACAGUAAAAUUCUAUUUAUUAAAGUUUGGUGUUUCACAAUGAUUUCUUGUGGUUUUGUUGGCCAUACAUUAAGCAUUUAUGUGUUUACACGUCGAUCACUUUAUUCAAAUCCAUGUGCACGGUAUUUUUUGGCAUCGGCAAUGAUUGGUAUGGCUGUUGUCGUUAUUCUUGUACCUCUGCGACUUCUUCAAGCGGGAUAUAAUAUUGAUGCUUUUGUGAGCUCGGCUGCAAUAUGCGGAAUUCUAACUUGGUUUUUGAAUUCGAUCAAAGCUUUACCAUCAUGGAUUAUCGUACUUGCUUGUGCCGAUCUGUUUCUCUGCAGCUCACAGUCUGUUACCAUUCGUGCAUGGAGUAGUAUUCGUGUUGUUACUCCUGCUGUUUCACUCACGAUUGUGAUUGUUGGUCUCACUUAUAUACAUGUUGCCUUCUAUACUCGACUGAGCGCAGCACCAUCGUGUGCCUUCCUUCCAGGAACCUACACAAUAUUUCUCGGCAUUUUUAAUUUAUUUCUAUUCAGUAUGGGUCCACCUAUCGGCAUGCUUAGUUUUGGAUUACUCACCAUUCGGAAUAUUCGCCGAUCGGUGAAACGAGUUGUACCAAAUACCAAUCUUUCUCAAACUCAAAACGAAACACAACAACGUCAAAAGGCAACUGAUCGACAAUUGAUACAAAUGAUGAUUGCUCAAUUUAUUUUUUAUACUUUGACAACAACUCCAAACUCGGUCUUUUUUAUUUACUCUUCGGCAAUAAGUAAUAAUGUGGCGAAUGCUCUUCAAACAGCCAGACUCAGUCUGGUUUCCAAUAUAGUCUCUUAUAUAACCAAUGGCGGUGCAUGCUUGAGUUUCUACUUAUUUACAUUGUCAAGUAAAUUAUUUCGUCGUGAACUCAUGCAUUUAUUUCGUUGUCAACGGGGAACGAUACGCCCAAUUACCAUCAGCAGAAGCAAUCGAGCACAAAAGGCUUUAACGAUUCCGUUGUCACAACUAAACAGAUGA